UUUUUUUUUACAGUCUAUAGCUUCACCUUAUGCCUCGUUCAAAACAACUGAGAACUCGGAAAUCUCUGACUUCCGAGCGUUAAAGAACUCGGGAAAAAUGAGCUCCGAGUGGGAAAAUCGUUUUGAACGGUCAUCCAACUCGGAAUCUCGGGCAUCUUUCUAGAGCUCCGACUUUCCGACCCGAAUAUCACUGACGUGAUGAUUUGACCUCGUUUUCUCCGUGUUCUCAGUUGUCGUGAAAGCACCAUUAUAACAGCGUGCUACACAAAAAGUCGCAGCAAAUCCAUAUAAACUUUGAGCACAUAUGCUAACGCAGGUUUGAUUUUCGUGAAUAUACAGUACAUUCACACAUUCACUUGGGACAUGGCAGCGUGAAAGUAUGGCGGAUGCUGAAGAGCCGGAGAAGAAAAGAAGGAAAAUAGAGGAGCUGACUGAGAAGAACAUUAACACGCAUCGCUUGCGAAUGGCUGUAGAUGGAGGAGACAGUGGAGACUGGGAUGGCCGAUGGAACCAUGUGAAGAAGUUCCUUGAGAGACCCGGCCCAUUCACUCAUCCUGACUUUGAGCCAAGCACUGAGUCCCUUGGGUUCUUAUUGGAGACAUGCAAGAUCCUGGUCAUUGGAGCUGGAGGACUUGGGUGUGAGCUGCUCAAAAAUCUGGCCCUGUCAGGUUUUCGUCACAUUCAUGUUGUUGACAUGGAUACCAUUGAUAUCUCCAACCUCAACAGGCAGUUCCUUUUCAGGACAAAAGAUGUUGGACGGCCGAAAGCAGAUGUGGCUGCUGACUUUGUCAAUAGUCGCGUCCCUGGAUGUCGAGUCGUCCCACACUUUAACAAAAUCCAAGACUUUGAUGAAUCUUUCUACAGACAAUUCCAUAUUAUUGUUUGUGGAUUAGAUUCCAUCAUCGCCAGGCGUUGGAUGAAUGGCAUGCUGAUAUCUCUCCUGAGCUACGAGGAUGGUGUUCUGGAUCCCAGGUCCAUCAUCCCCCUCAUUGAUGGUGGGACGGAGGGUUUCAAAGGCAACGCUCGGGUCAUUCUGCCUGGCAUGACUGCAUGCAUCGACUGCACCCUGGAGCUCUACCCACCACAGAUUCAUUUCCCCAUGUGCACCAUUGCGUCUAUGCCGCGGUUGCCAGAGCACUGCGUUGAGUAUGUCAGAAUGCUACAGUGGCCCAAAGACAAGCCUUUUGGAGAUGGUGUUGGUUUGGAUGGGGAUAACCCUGAGCACAUCCAGUGGGUGUUCCAGAGGGCCCAGGACAGAGCUGCUGACUACAGCAUCACAGGAGUCACAUACAGACUCACACAAGGUGUCGUGAAGAGGAUCAUCCCUGCUGUGGCGUCAACUAAUGCUGUAAUAGCUGCUGCCUGCUCCACAGAAGUUUUUAAAAUAGCUUCAAGCGCUUAUAUUCCACUGAAUAAUUAUCUGGUAUUUAAUUCUGUGGACGGACUGUACACCUACACCUUUGAGGCAGAGCGAAAGGAGAACUGCUCAGCUUGUAGCCAGGUGCCCCAGGAUCUACAGUUCCCACCCUCUGCCAAGCUACAGGAGGUCCUGGAGUACCUGACGGAGAAUGCCUCCCUACAAAUGAAGUCCCCAGCCAUCACAGCAACCCUGGAUGGGAAAAAUAAGACACUGUAUUUACAGACUGUAGGUUCAAUUGAAGAAAGAACUAGACCAAACCUUUGCAAAACCUUGAAAGAACUGGGAUUGUCUGAUGGACAGGAACUAGCAGUGGCGGAUGUCACCACACCUCAGACUGUCCUCUUCAAGCUGAAACUCACCUCUUAAAGGGGUAGUGCAGUCAUAAAUAUGAUUUUCCUAUGUUUUAUCUAUAUUUCCACAAUGAGGUUGGAAUAAUUAUGUGAAAAUGAUAAUGCCAUUUUAGUGUAAGAGCUGUUUGAAAAGAACGCCUGAAAUUUCAGCUCAUUUUGCAUGGGUGGAGUUUUGGCCUACCUGGCGCAAUCACCCGGCGGUAUUAGUUACAGUUUUUUACAAUCACUUUGGCACUAAUUUCAGAACCUUGACGUCAUUUUUCAAAACUCUAGACACAA